GCAGGCGCCGCUCGCAGGCAGCCCCGCCGGAGCCCGGCUCCGCGCACGGAUUAGCCAGCGCUGAUUUAUUUACUGACAGACCUGCCGCCAGAAUCGGGCUUGCGGAGAGCGGCGAUCGCGCCUGCCCCUGCACACGACAAGCACACACGACCAGCACACGCACAGCGCCUUCGUUUUCCCCGUGGGGACGAGAGCCUCACUCGUUGUUGCCUUGUGGCCAAUGCCGCGGCGAGCGGGAGCGGCUGCGGCGGUGCCCGGUGCGCCCAGCCCCGGCUCGCUGCCCCGGCACCCGGCUGGAAGGGGUUGAAAUAAGUGGCCAACCUGUGGUGCGCACUGACCGCAGGCACCUGCGAGUGUGGAUCAGCCGGCACAGCCCCUCGGCACCGCUGUCACCCGGCGCUCACACCAGCGGGAGAAGCGCUGCUAUUUCUCUGCCUAGGAUCAGUUAAGUGCUUCUUCUGCAUGACCAUAACCAAAGGGUGACCCAUCCACUCCCUUGUGUCCUAUGGGGACCUCAGAGCCAGUUUCUCAGUCUUCAUCUCCUCCUCCUCCUCCUCCUCCUCCAUCGCCUCCUCCUCCUCUUACCGCUGCUGCUGAUGCCCUGGGUGCUGCUCCCAGGUUUGAGACAUUGUUGACAGGCUGAAGAAAGGAUUUGCAAAGACCUCCUCACUGUGUAAAUGAAGUGAAUGGCUGGAAUUAACUUCAGCUCUCCAAGAAAUGACAUUAAACAGUAAGUGUGCUAGGCCAAAGCAUUACCAGGAACAAAUAAUGAGGAAAGAGACUAUUUGCAUUUGGUUUCAAUGAUGAGCUAAAACCAUCUGUGGAGAACAGGUACCCUUUGGUUUGCUUUUUUUUUUUCUUUCCCCUGAGGAAUGCAGCCUGUGAGGCAGUCAUGAUUCUGAUCAGGUACAGCUGUGAUGGCUGCAGGAGAUAAAUGAAAAUAAAGGGGCUUGGUGGAUGGAAGAACAAGGUCUCAGCUGUUCUCUGGCCCAAUCUGAGAAUUUCAUCUUUUCUCAUUAGCUAAACAGUAGUUUGUGUCAAACCUUCCAGAGAACAGGAAGAUGUGGCUCUGUGGUUUUCCAAAGUACAGAUUCAGCGCUACCACCACGUUUCCCCGCUCGACGCGCAGGUGACCGCCCUCCGAACGCUGAUGGCUUUGAACUUCCCGGCUGCCAAAGUCACACUGUAAAUAGCGCAAAACCUCAUCAGGGCGAGCGCCCACAAACCAAAACAAGACUUGCAGGAUGGAGGUGGCCAUGGUGAGCGCCGACAGCUCCGGCUGCAACACCCACAUGCCCUACGGCUACGCGGCCCAGGCGCGGGCCCGCGAGCGGGAGCGCCUGGCCCAGUCCCGGGCAGCGGCGGCGGCGGCCGUGGCGGCGGCCACGGCAGCGGUGGAAGGUGGGGCGGCGGGCGGAGGGGGGCCCUACCACCACUACCACCAGGAGCAGGCCCGCGGGGCCUCCUCCUCGCGCUCAGGCAGCCUGCCCCGCCGGCAGAGCGGCAAGAGGAGGAAGAAGGGCAAGAAGAGGAGCCACCACCUGGGCAGCAGGGAGUGUGGGGCCUCCUUCCCCUGCUCCGAGCUGCUGCCGCUCAGUGGUUCCGAGGAGAGGAUACUGAAGGACUUGAGCGAGGAGGAGGAGGAGGACGAAGAUGAGGAUGAAGACGACGAGGAGGAAGGGAAGCUCUACUACAGUGAUGACUAUGGGGAGGAUGAGUUUUCCUACUCGGACCAGCCGCCCGAUGACGGGGGAGGCCCCGGGGGUUACAGCUCCGUGCGCUACAGCGAGUACGAGUGCUGCGAGCGCGUGGUGAUCAACGUGUCGGGGCUGCGCUUCGAGACCCAGCUGAAGACCUUGGCUCAGUUCCCGGAGACGCUGCUGGGGGACCCAGCCAAGAGGGGCAGGUACUUUGAUCCUCUCAGGAAUGAGUACUUCUUCGACAGGAACCGGCCCAGCUUUGACGCCAUCCUGUACUACUACCAGAGCGGUGGCCGGCUGAAGAGGCCAGUCAAUGUGCCCUUUGACAUCUUCUCUGAGGAGGUAAAGUUCUACCAGCUUGGGGAGGAGGCCAUGCUCAAGUUCAGGGAGGAUGAAGGUUUUGUCAAAGAGGAAGAGGAAAAGGUUUUACCGGAGAAUGAGUUUAAGAGGCAGGUGUGGCUGCUGUUUGAGUACCCGGAAAGCUCCAGUCCAGCCAGAGGCAUCGCCAUUGUCUCUGUCUUGGUCAUUUUGAUCUCCAUCGUCAUCUUUUGUCUGGAGACUUUACCAGAGUUCAGAGAUGACAAGGAAUUCGUCAUGUCCCUGAGCUUAGGGAAGGGGCUUUCCAACGAGUCUCUCCGCCUGGACGCCGGGGAGCACACCAUCUUCAAUGACCCUUUUUUCAUUGUAGAGACCGUGUGCAUCAUCUGGUUCUCCUUCGAGUUUACAGUGCGCUGCUUUGCGUGUCCCAGCAAAGCACACUUCUUCAAGAACGUCAUGAACAUCAUAGACAUUGUGUCCAUCUUGCCUUACUUCAUCACCCUGGGCACGGACCUGGCGCAGGAGCAGGGCAGCCAGCAGGCCAUGUCCUUUGCAAUCCUGAGGAUCAUCCGUCUGGUCAGGGUGUUUCGCAUCUUCAAGCUCUCCAGGCACUCCAAGGGUUUGCAGAUCCUGGGUCACACGCUCAGGGCCAGCAUGAGGGAACUUGGCCUCCUCAUCUUCUUCCUUUUUAUCGGAGUCAUUUUGUUUUCCAGUGCUGUUUACUUUGCAGAAGCUGACGAGCCUGCCACCCAUUUUCAAAGCAUCCCAGAUGCCUUUUGGUGGGCCGUAGUGACCAUGACUACGGUCGGUUAUGGGGACAUGAAACCCAUAACCGUGGGUGGGAAGAUAGUCGGGUCCCUGUGUGCCAUUGCAGGAGUGUUAACCAUUGCUUUACCAGUGCCAGUGAUUGUCUCCAAUUUUAACUAUUUCUACCACAGAGAAACUGAGAACGAAGAGCACACGCAGAUGAUGCAAAAUGCUGUCAGUUGCCCUUACCUCCCUACAAAUUUACUGAAGAAAUUUAGGAGCGCAUCAUCUUCAUCCACAGAGGAUAAAUCAGAGUAUUUGGAGAUGGAAGAAGGAGUUAAAGAAUCUCUUUGUGUAAAGGAGACUAAAAGUCAGGACACGGGGAAUAGCAGUGAGUCAGAGAAGAAAAACUGUGUAAAUUCAAAUUCUGUGGAAACUGAUGUGUAGUUUUGAGCGUUUCCAAAUAUAUUUAUGCAUUAAAGAGUGCAGUGAAAAUAACGAAAUAUGCAAACAAGAGUCUGCAGCAUACAGUAGUAUGCCAUUUAAUGGUUAAAUACAAAUAAAAAGCAUUGCUGAACAUGUAUUACAUAUCAAGUAAGUGUUACAACUUGAGGAAAGGAUUGCUAGAUCUGAUAAAUUUUCAGACUUUAUAUUUUUAUUAGAAUGCAAGUGUUUUGCACAUGAGGCUGAAAAAUUUAUUAAAACCAAGUCAGUUUUAAAGUGGGUGCAUGAACUGUCGACAUCACUAAUAACAGCUCUGUGGUAAAAGUUGGCAUUCAGAGGUAUUUACUAUGUAAGAAACAAUGAAGUUUGGUAGUCAUUUAUCUAUUUAUCAGUGCUUUAAUAGCAGCUACCAUAAAUCAUUGGAUACCAUAGUCAUUGUUUUUCAAAUGGUAAAUUUAUUGUAAAAAGAUAUUCUACAGAAGAUAGAUCUAAAUUUUUUUUUUCUUGAAAUCUAUAAUGCUUGUUUUUAACUGGAAAUUUACUUUGGAAAGGCUGUUGACCCUCCAGAAAUUGUUUAUUUUUAUAACUCUCUUUGGAGGCAUUGCAGCAUUUGUUGUCUAAUAAUGAAAGAAAUGAAGUAAGAGAAUUGUUAAACCUGGUCUGACUGCAAAGGCAAAAUGACUGGAAUGCUUUUUUGCACUACUUUAUAUGCUGGAGAUAUAUCGAAAGAGACUUCAUACUGUGAAUGUUUACUAAUGUAAUAGUUCAAUGACAAUCAUUGGGAGAGUGAAUUCUGCAUAAUAUUUUAUUGUUUCUUCUUCCUCUGUGAUGCUGAUGGCAAAACAGCUGACAUGACAUCAAUUCCAUACACUUUUUGGUUAUGAAUAUCUGUGAUCUGGAAAAGGAUUGUGAAGUAAAAUUUUCUAAUCAAAAUUAUUUGAAAUUGGUGUUUUCUACUGAUGCCCUCAAGAAAUACCAACCUAAUUUAUAUAUUUUUUUUUUUCUUUUUCUGCUUAAUUUAGCAUUCAGAGUCUACGACUAGUACAUGCACUUUGUCAGUAUUGAGGAAAUUUGGUGUAUGGGAGGAGCAGGUAGAAAUAAUAAGAUACUCAGUUGUUACACUGCUGACAAUUGAGGAUUGCUGACUUUUAAUAAUGUGCUAUUAUUGGUGCUGCAAUUCCCCUUGAUUACAGCUUUCACCCAUGUAUAUUUGAAGCAACAUUUAAGAUCUAAACCAGGCAUUUGGGGUUUCAAAAGGAACACAUUGGGUCCCAUGGAGUCCUUGUGAAAGCAUUCCAUGGUUUCUCUUCCCUGAUUUUCAGGCCAGCUAUGUUUUGCUAUGUGUCAAAACCUCCCACCGCCCUUCCUAGGAGGUUCAGGUAGGUAAAGAUUAGCUGGCCUGCAGUAUAUUCCAGAGUCCAGAACGAGAUAGGUGAGAUAUUGCUGCAUACAACAUAAAUAAUAGAUUCAGAACAAGGCUUUUUCAGACUUGCCAUUACUGAGGGAAGGCACAAUUAAUCCGUCACUGUUUUUGAAGAGGCACUGUGGAACAUUCCAGAUUAUAAAACUUGAACCAAAUUGGCAUAUGCACUUUAAGGUCUGGGACAGGCUGUUAUGGAAGGAAAAAGGACUUACCAACACCACAGAAUGACAGUAGUUUGCAAUGUUCAUUUAAAGCUGAGUAGAGAUGGAGAGUUUUUUGCAGGGAGAACUUGUUGGUGACUGACUUACAGCAACAACAGAUGCACUCUGAAUUGGGCAUCCAUGAUAUUACACAUGAUAGGCCUUGUUUGCUGAAUCCAGUGGCACCAAACAGAGCUGCAGACACAGGCUUCUCUUUAAUGGUUGGGUUUUGCCUUCAUAGUUUUUCUGUGAGUCUCUUCGAAAAGUUUCUCUGCUUGUCUUCUUUUGCAUUGCAGAAAAAUAAAAAAAAAAGACAACACACAAAA